AUGGAGACUUCAUACAACUUUGCUGAUACUACAAAAGUUAUCCUCAUCUCCAUAUACUUACAUGUUGUAGAUCUCCUUGUUGCUAUACUCGCCGGUGUGGUAGCCUACACUGCUACGGUACACUUUAUACCAGAAGCCCGUAUAAAGUUAUUACAACGUCGUAUCUGUGGUGUUGAUAUUAACAAAUCAACCGCCGAGCAGCGAAAGAAGAUUACGUCGACCCCGCAUGAGUUACUUAGUGAUGCCGAUAAGCGACUUGUUGUACCCGAGUCACUUGGUAUUCUCGCCGGGGCGGUGUAUUUAUGUGUAUUAGUACCAGAGAUAUUAUUAGCAUUUGGUCCAUCCAAAUCACGGCAAAUGGAUGGGGCAGUAACCACCAUAACUGUCAUGUUAUUACUUGGAUUUGUAGAUGAUGUAUUGGAUGUACGUUGGCGACAUAAACUGUUACUUUCUGCUAUUGGUUCACUUCCAUUAGUGUUAACAUAUGAUGGGAGUGUUUCUAUUGCUGUUCCACUUCCAUUGGUACCUUAUUUAGGUACUUCUUUAUUAUAUUUGGGUGGUUUAUACCUUUUGUAUCUCAGUUUGUUGUGUAUCUUCUGCACGAAUAGUAUUAACAUUCUUGCUGGUGUAAAUGGUGUAGAAGUGGGUCAAAGUAUUAUUAUUGCGGUAGCCUGUAUUUUACAUAAUAUUCUUCAACUUCGUUUAGAGCAUAAAGAAGGAGGAUUUAAUCAUGAUUGUAAUUCUACAGAUAAUGGAUCUAUGCAUCAACUCAUGGCGAUUGGAUUAUUAGUCCCUUUUGUAGGUGUGAGUUUAGCCCUUUGGCAUUAUAAUAAAUAUCCUGCCAGUAUCUUUGUUGGGGAUAGUUAUACCUAUUUUGCCGGCACUGUACUCUCUGUGGCUGGAAUUACUGGACAUUAUAGUAAAACCCUCAUGUUGUUUUUUGCCCCACAAAUUAUAAAUUUUAUUCUUUCAUUACCACAAUUAUUUCAUAUUAUUCCUUGUCCACGGCAUCGAGUACCAACAUGGGAUUCUCAUCGGGAUGUUUUGCAAAAUAGUAAAAACUAUACGCUUUUGAAUCUUAUCUUAUGGUGGUAUGGAGAUAUGCGGGAGGAGGUCUUGACAAGAAUGGUUCUAAGGAUUCAAGUGGGAUUUUGUGUUUUGGCACUUCUCAUCCGGUAUCUUUUUGCAUCUUAUUUAUAUGAACAAGUGGAGUAG